AUGAAGUUAACACACGGAAGAUUAUUGAAAUCCUUACAACAAAGAAUGCUGAGCAAUAGGCAUUACCUGAAUGAGGAAGAAGAGCAUGAUGAUCUCUCGCGAGCCAUGUUUUACUGGUGGAGAUCGGCGUCAAAGUUCGAUCAAUGUGUGAAGCUGAAAUGGGAACUCCCUGACAUAUCAAAAAUCUCCCCUACAUGCAAGAUAUUAAGGGAAAUGGAGAGAAUAGCUGCGAUUGCAUCUGAAGGUUUGCAUGAGCUCCGACAGAAGCUUCUCACAUAUCGGUCGGGCGAUCUGUGGUUGCCUAUUGGUGGUUUGGAGAAGACAGACGUGGAAAUCCCUGCCAUGAAUACUAUUCUCUUGGUUGGGUUCAAAAAUGCCGGCAAAAGCUCCCUAGUCAAUCUGAUGUACAGCGUUUUAGGUCAAUCUGGCGUAAUUCCCUUCACUCAAACCAGUCAAACUUCUUCAGGAAAUACAUCAGUAUCUCCAUCUCCUUAUGCAUCGUUAUUCAUGGAGGAGCACAACGUGUUAAGAUCACCACGUAGUGGCUUCUGCGUGUACGACACACGAGGGUUUGACUAUGGUGAUGCAGACGAGGCGUUGGACCAGUUCUCCCGGUGGAUGACUGAAGGUGUUCAUCAUGGCCAGCAUUGCCUGAGGUCAUCCGACUGCAUUCCUGAUAGGGACGCGUUGGAGCUUCAUUCAACAAAGUGUGCAAAUAUGUUCACGAUUCGGAGGGUUAAUUGCGUGAUGCUGGUGAUCAAUCUGGAGGAAAUACGUGAAGCUGUGAGGAUUGGGGAUAUGAAACCACUUGAUGUGCUAGCAGAGGUCUUCAGAAUGGCGUCAGUAGGCAGUUCCACUGCAGAUGAACACCCUAUACUGAUUUUAACACACGGAGACAAGCUCUCGACCGAGGAUCGAAUCUUCAUGCGACUGAAAAUCUGCGAAGCCCUCGGCGCAAACGAGACUAACGGGACAUACGACAUUGUGUGCUCCACAGAGUACGGAUUCCUUCCUGACGAAAUAGACCUUGUCACAGCGUAUGCAUUGUCUGAAGCAGUAUACAGGGCGUUGAUCAUUUCGGACCGGGGUCAUUUGUCCAAGACGAGUUUGCAUGAUUGGUUAAUGUUUUUGGUAGCUUGGUUCAUGUGUGGGGUUGGGAGAUUGUUUGGAGUGAUUGCUCAUUUUUUCUCUAGUGUCGGAGAAAAGAAGAAGUUGAAGUGGGCUGCUCAAAAGAACAAGUUGAAGUGGUGA